GAUUGAAUGAAUUGCAGUGCAGUGUCAAAAUUGUCAAAAUCGACCUGAAACUGAAAUUAUCGAAAUAAUAUAUAAUUUCUUAUUUGAUUUUUCAAACAGGACCCAGUCGAUUGCAUUUUUGGUUUCAGUGUUGAAUCGUGUUACCGGUUUUUUAGUUCUAGGAUCUUAAUCAAAUGGAAUAAUGUGGCGUCCAACGUUCACUAUAUUGCGUAAAGUGGUUAUUCCAUCACUUAAAGAUAAAACUAACCUGACCAGAAUUUUAUAUUCCACCAAAAGCCGGCUCCCAAGAUCAACUGCAAAAUUGACUUUGGUCAGUGCCAGCGUCGGAGUCUUGCUAGGAGUUGGCUAUGGCGGUUACACGCAUUAUAAAAUAAACGCCAAGAAGAGUUCGGCGUCAGUGGAAGAUUUAGCAUAUCCCUUUUUGAAAGAACGUCCACAGUAUAAACCUCACUAUAGAAUAGUGAAUGAUUCAGAUACCAGUAACCUUCAGUUAGUUUUGUUUCAAUACCGUACCUGCCCAUUUUGCUGUAAGGUACGAGCAUACCUUGACUCUCAUGGUAUUAGCUAUGAUAUAGUGGAGGUGGAUGCAGUCCUAAGACAGGGGAUCAAAUGGUCAACUUAUAAGAAAGUGCCCAUUAUUCUGGCUAAAGUGGAUGGAGGAUAUCAACAACUAAUGGAGAGCACUGCAAUCAUGUCAAUAUUAGAAACACAUCUCCGAGAUAAGUCAUCACAACUGCAAGAAGUCAUAAAGUUUUACCCACAAACCAAAUUUAUAAGCGAUGAUGGAAAGGAGACAACGGAUAUUGCGAAUAAAUACUUUAUAAUGCAUAACACGGCAGUACCUGAUGAGAAAGAAAGGGCUGAAGAAGCGGAUGAGCGUAAAUGGCGUCAAUGGGCUGACCGAGUUCUUGUCCACACUCUAUCUCCUAACGUCUAUCGAACAUUUGGGGAAGCCUUGGAGACAUUUAAAUGGUUCGAACAAGUCGGCGGCUGGAGGCAGUCUUUCCCAGAGUGGGAAUGCGCUUUGAUGGUUUAUGUCGGGUCUGUGGCCAUGUGGAUCAUAUCUAAGAGACUUAAAGCUAGGCAUCACAUCAAAGAUGACGUUAGGCAGUCGCUUUACGACGCCGCCAACCAAUGGACUCGGGCGAUAAAGAUCAAAGGCACCCGGUUCCACGGCGGCGAUCACCCCAACCUAGCUGAUGUCAGCGUCUACGGAGUCCUCAGCAGUAUCGAGGGAUGCGAAGCCUUCCAAGACCUAAGAGCCCACACUGAUAUAGGCACCUGGUACGACGACAUUAAGAACACAAUUUCUAACAAAAUGGGUAAAGUUAUCGCAGCUCAUGCGAAUGCAUAAAAAUUUGCAUUUUGUGAACUUAAAAGCAAUUUGUUAUAGUACAAUAUAUUUUUUUAAAUCGUGCCUUUAUAAAAUAAAAGUGCACCUUCGUUUAAAAUGAAUUAUGUCCUGUUAAAGUCAAAAAAUUGUAUUGAGAGUUAAUGUUAUUAAAAUAGUUUAGGGGACCAUGUCAAAGGUUCGAAUGUUAUUAUUUAAUUUGUGAAGGUUUUUUGAGUUACUAUUACAAGAAAUAUUAUGAACUGAAAUGAUGUUUUCUUGAUUAAUGACUUACUACCAAAAUGGAAGUUGUAUUUGGCGUAAAUAGAUUUUUAGUAAAUAAAAUGGACAUGUUACUUAAAA